UGCAAAUCUCAAAUCAUGCCACCUCAACUGACACUGCGCAGACUACUUCACAAAGGUCCUCGAAGACAACCUCAAGGCCGUCGUCAAGCCCCAGUAUGUCGAUCAGAUUCCAAAGGCCAUCAAGGGAACCGACAGGGCCGUCGGCAAGCUCAUCCAGUCUCGGUCUCAGAUGGAGAACCUCGACGAGAUGAUUGACGAGCUGGAGCUGAGACAUAUCUUUGACCGAGACGUUAAACUCCUGUCGGGUGGAGAGCUGCAGCGUUUUGCCAUCGCCCUCGUCUGUGUCCAGCAAGCCGACGUGUACAUGUUCGACGAGCCAUCCUCUUUCCUCGAUGUCAAGCAGCGUCUCGCCGCCGCCCGAAAGAUCCGCAGCUUGCUGCGCCCUGACGACUACGUCAUUGUCGUUGAGCACGACUUGUCCGUCUUGGACUAUCUUUCCGACUUCAUCUGUGUUCUCUACGGAAAGCCAGCUGUCUACGGUGUCGUCACCCUGCCAGCAUCCGUCCGAGAAGGUAUCAAUAUUUUCCUCGAUGGCAACAUCCCCACUGAGAAUCUGCGCUUCCGCGAAGAGUCGCUUCAGUUCCGCAUUGCUGAAGCUGGCGACGAUUAUUUGAUCGACCACUCCCGUGGCUACUCAUAUCCUGCCAUGCAGAAGACCAUGGGCGACUUUCACCUCAGCGUUGAAACUGGCAACUUUACCGAUUCCGAAAUCAUCGUGAUGAUGGGCGAGAACGGCACUGGCAAGACCACUUUCUGCAAGAUGCUCGCUGGCGCGCUACAGCCUGACGGUGAUACUAAGAUCCCCAAGAUGAGCAUUAGCAUGAAGCCCCAGACGAUUACACCUAGGUUCACGGGUACCGUCCGCCAGUUGUUCUUCAAGAAGAUCAAGACUGCCUUCUUGAGCCCGCAGUUCCAGACCGAUGUCUACAAGCCCCUCAAGAUGGACGACUUCAUCGACCAGGAGGUUCAGAACCUUUCUGGUGGUGAGUUGCAGCGUGUCGCUAUUGUCCUCGCUCUUGGUAUCCCGGCCGACAUUUACCUCAUCGAUGAGCCCAGUGCGUACCUCGACUCUGAGCAGCGUAUCGUCGCAUCUCGCGUCAUCAAGCGCUUCAUCAUGCAUUCUAAGAAGACUGCAUUCGUCGUCGAGCACGAUUUCAUCAUGGCUACCUACCUCGCUGACCGUGUCAUCGUCUUCGACGGCCAACCUGCUGUCGACGCGCGUGCCAAUGCGCCCGAGUCUCUCCUCACUGGCUGUAACUCGUUUUUGAAGAAUUUGGACGUCACUUUCCGUCGUGACCCCAACUCUUUCCGUCCCCGUAUCAAUAAGGACAAGUCCCAGCUCGACCAGGACCAGAAGUUGAGCGGGAAUUACUUCUUCUUGGAAGAUGAUAGUUGAAAAGGUUUUCGAUAAGCAAGACACGCCGCCAUCGCAGCGCCGCCCGAACGGGCACGUGAGGACGGGCACGACGAAGAAAGGCAAUAAGAAGCGGGGUCUGAGGAAUCGUUCAGCCGGCCUUCUAGAUGAAGAGGGGGUUCUGGAUGAGGAAGACGAGAAGGAGAACCGGCCCCAAAGCGGCGGUUGACCUCCUGGGUUGAUUGUUCACACGCCGCCUCAAGUAGGCGGCAUGGGAAAGAUGCAAGAACAGUCAACCCGGGUCAAGCUAGGUGACCGCCGUAGCCUUUGAGCCCUCGCCGGUGAUACUACACACUCUGUGUGAAAAGUUUAGGGGGGCCUCGAGCCUGCCCAUUAGCUACUCUUCCCGU